AACCAGUAACCAUGGCCAUGGUGAAAGUCAUGGGUGCCCAGCCAAUAGCAGACUACAUGUUUGUUCUGACCUGUGAGACCACUGGAACCAUUUACUCCAUUCACUGGAUGAGGAACGGCUGGCCUCUGUAUGCUGACAACAUAACAGACUUCUCUAUGAACAACAAUACACUGACCUUCAACUCCGUCCAGCAUUCUGACAAAGGAGACUAUCAGUGUUCUGCCUUCAACCUAAUGAGCAACAUGACCAGCCCAGAAUACAGACUGAUCGUCAACUAUGGUCCAGAGAGACCUGUUAUCAUGAGUCUGGAUACAGCGAUGACAGGACACAUCGUGACCUUCAACUGCUCAGCCUCCUCUCAGCCUCUCUGCCACUUCAGCUGGUUCUUCAAUGGGUCCCAGGUGGCGACUGGCUCAGAGUAUGAGACUGGCCCACUGACCUUAGCCAGUCAUGGGGAGUACACCUGUGUGGCCUUCAACAACGUCACUUGCAGAAACAGCACUGUCUCCAAGUUGCUCACUGUCGUUGCACCUGUGACCAUGACCAAUUGUGAGAAGUCAUUGGAGUCCAACAAUACUGAAUGA